AUGUCGGGACGCGGAAAAGGUGGCAAGGCUAAAGGGAAGGCUAAGUCUCGUUCCAAUCGUGCUGGACUGCAGUUUCCUGUCGGUCGUAUCCACAGACUCCUGCGUAAAGGCAAUUACGCUGAACGUGUAGGUGCUGGCGCUCCGGUUUAUCUCGCAGCUGUAAUGGAAUAUCUGGCGGCUGAAGUAUUGGAGUUGGCGGGGAAUGCUGCCCGCGAUAACAAGAAGACCAGAAUUAUUCCGAGACAUCUACAACUCGCUAUCCGUAAUGACGAGGAGUUGAACAAACUGCUUUCGGGUGUCACCAUCGCUCAGGGUGGUGUACUGCCUAACAUCCAAGCGGUCUUGCUGCCAAAGAAGACCGAAAAGAAAGCCUAACAAGCAACUGAGUUACAAACGGCCCUUUUUAGGGCCACCAAUUCAAAUGAAGAACAUCUUAUUCGCAA